GCUCUAAUGAUAAAUAAACGACAAAGCCUGUUGACAACAUCAUCGGUGUAUUUAUUGCGCAGUUAAUAUUUUGUCGCCGCUGUUUUUUGUCAGUAAAUCCACGCAGAUAAAGAACAGAAUCACUGUCUAUCUUGAGAAUGGAAGAAACACAUUCCUCAUCAGAAGCCCAGGAGAAGACUGAGGAGGCGGCAUCAGAGGCGAAAGGAGACAGUGAUGAUGUCACAACUGGGGAGAUGGCGGAAGAUGUGGUCAAGAAAUCCCUGGCCAAGUUGAUCUCGCUACCCACCCCGCCAGCCAGCCCCUGCUGCGCCAACCCCCUUCGUCGAAGUCUGAGCUACCCGCCUUCGUCUAGUCACGCCUGCCGGGUCUGCGCGGGGCUCUGCGUCUGCCCUAACUGCGCCAAAAAUACAGACGAAGAAGAAGGGGGUGACACAGAGGGCGGCAGACCUGCGCGAGGGAACAGACGUCGGAGACAAUCCGGGGGCAGCAUGCGCGCCUGCCGUCGGCACAAGCUGGCCAGUAUGCGCGACUCGCUCCCGGCCUCGCGGGAGAGUCUCCAGGACGCGGAAUUCGUGCUCUUCGACCUGGAGCCCAGCGUCUCAGCGGCAGGGCCUUCCACCGUCCUGUUCCCCCGGGGCGAGCAGGAGUUCGCCGAGUGCCAAGUCUGCCUCUUGGAGACCUUCGGCCGGCCCCGGCUCUGCUGCCAGCUGCACGUCUGCGACGCCUGCCUGCAGUGGUACAUCCGGGAGAAAGUGCGCCACCGCGUGUUGAGCGUGCGGUGUCCGAACCCGGCCUGCUGCGACGCCAUUUGCCGGGAGGAGAUCCAACAUCACCUCAGCAGCGAGCUGCUCCGGAAGUUCCUGCAAUUCCUGAUUGAGGACAACAGCGAUCCUGAUCAGAAGACCUGCCCGCGGUGUAACCACAUCGCCAACUUCCAUCAGGACGUAAUGAUCAGCAAACACAAGACGCGACCAGACGAGCAAAAGGUGACCUGCUUAUGUGGCUUGCUGUGGUGUUUCCGCUGCCACGCCCCCUGGCACGAGGACAUCUCCUGCAAGCAGUACCAGAGGGGGGACAGGCUGCUGAGGGAAUGGGCCAAGGAGCACCACUACGGCCAGCCCAACGCCAACCGGUGUCCCAAGUGCAAGGUAUACAUUCAGCGGAGUUCAGGCUGUGACAACAUGACCUGCAGUCAGUGCCGCACCUCUUUCUGCUACCGCUGCGGAGAGCGCUUCCACUACUUCAAAUUCUUCGGCAACCACUACUCGGCCUUUAGCGUGUUCGGCUGCAAGUACCGCUUGCUGCCCAACAAGCCGGUCAAGCGAAGGCUGAUUCGAGGCGCCCUCUUUGGAUGCAAGGUUGCCGCGGCGCCAGUGUGCAUCACGCUAGCCGUUGGAGUGGGAUGCGUUCUGCUGGUGUCUUUGGGCCCGGCUUACGCAACGUACGCUGCCUGCCGCGAGUACAAGAACCGACGCUACGAGCGACAGCGCCAGCGGCAGUUCCAUAUGCACCGCCAAUACCUGGAGUACAGCCAUCAGCUCUACAGUGGAAUAGACAGAGACAUUCCGGAUAUGAAACCGCGAGCUGCAACCCUAAUUGAAAUCCCACAUGUUCCAAUUCCACCAGACUAGACUGCACUGAAGACUCCAAUUCUUUAACAGAGGUACAUGCAUGGAAACCAUGACUGGAGUAAGCUUUUAUGAAUAGAAAUUAACCCUAACCCCUCAAAAUCCUUUAAAACCUACCAGGAGCUUUUUAGGAUUUUAUAGG